AUGCUUUACGAACUCAUUGGCGUAGUCCGCCCAGGCAACCUAGCCGAAGUCCGCGAGUCGGUUUCUUCCUCCCAUCUCACCCUCACCCCCUCUGACCCUCUCGCAGANAUCGCAAAAACAACCGGCAACAUCGUUCUCAACGCCGGCGGCGUCGUCCGCGGCAUCACAAACUGGGGCGUGUUUCACCUGCCCAAGCCCAUGAGAAAAAACACAGUCACCCACAACACAGGCCACUAUUUCGUUGUUCGCUUCGACAGCAGUGCAAGGACACAACACGCGGUGCGCAGAACGCUAGGUCUGGAUCCUAGAAUGUUGAGGUAUUCGGUGGUGAAGAUNGGGGGAACGUUGGAUGAGUUGAGGAGUGUGGUGGGAGAGGUGCAGUGGAGGGCUGAUGGUGAUUCGGUGCAGAAUUGA